AUGGCGGCCCAGCCCAUUCCCACCCAAAACCUCGACAAGCUCCAGGCCCUCGAGUCCUCAACCGGCUCAUGGGAGCGCGGACGCAGCUCUGCCAACGCUCGCUCGCCGGACACAACCUCGGUCCUCGAGACGUCGAUGCGCAAGCUCGCCGUCGACUCCACCCAGGCUGCGGCCGGUCCCUCGGUUGUUACCGCCACUGCCCCCCUCAUCCCCGCCCGCUCCGAGUCUCGUUCGUCCCCGCUCCACCCGCGUACACCUCGUGAGGGCUACGGUUUCCGCCCGCACUCUGGUGCCAACACCCCCUCGGCGCCUGCGCUCCUCUCCCCCGAGGCCAAGCCGGUGACCACCGACGACGCCGAGGUCGACGACAAGCAGCUCAACGACGAGGUCCGCGCCGCUCUCUCUACCACUGCUCCCGCACCUGUGGGCAAGGACGCUACCAUCCCCGAGGGCGGUAUCGUGGAUCAGUACGGUCUUGGCUGGCCUGCCAAGUCGACUCACCUCCGUCUCCAGUCCACCCCCGAGCAGCAGGCGGCCAACCUUGAGGUCCUGGCUGGUGCGAUCCGUACCGUUCUCGAGUGCAUCGGCGAGGACCCCGACCGUGAGGGUCUGCUGCGUACUCCCGAGCGCUACGCGCACGCUCUCAUGUGGAUGACCAAGGGCUACGAGGAGCGUCUGGCAACUGUUAUCAACGAUGCGGUCUUUGCCGAGGACCACGACGAGAUGGUCAUUGUGCGUGACAUUGACGUCUACUCGCUGUGCGAGCACCACAUGGUUCCCUUCACCGGCAAGAUUUCCAUCGGAUACAUUCCCAACAAGCUCGUCCUUGGCCUGUCCAAGCUCGCCCGUAUCUCCGAGACCUUUGCUCGUCGCCUGCAGGUCCAGGAGCGCCUCACUCGCCAGGUCGCUCUGGCUAUCAUGGAGGCUAUCCGUCCCCGUGGUGUCGCUGUCGUCAUGGAGGCUAGCCACAUGUGCAUGACCAUGCGCGGUGUGCAAAAGCCCGGAGCCACCACCGUCACUUCCACCAUGCUCGGCUGCUUCCGCACCCAGCAGAAGACCCGCGAAGAGUUCCUCACUCUCAUCCGCACGCCCAGCAGCGCCCGCCACUAG